UUUGAUUCAAUUCAAACAAAAAAAGCUUUCCACAGUCAUGGGUUUUGCACGAGGACAUCAGUUGAACAAGACUCCAAUGCUUGAGAUCAAGCGCGUGCUCGUGGUGGACGGCAUUGACGACGUGUGCGUCAAGGUGCUCGCAGACGCCGGGUUCCAGGUCGACAAGAAGGACAAGAUUACCAAGGACGAGGUCCUUGCCACCAUCAAGGACUACGAUGCCUUGAUUGUGCGCUCGGCCACCAAGGUCACGAAGGAGAUUAUCGCGGCAGGCACCCGCCUCAAGAUCAUUGGCCGCGCUGGCACUGGUGUCGACAACAUUGACACGGACGCGGCCACCCACGCUGGCAUCAUUGUCAUGAACACCCCUGGCGGCAACACACUGUCGGCCGCAGAGCACACUUGCGCCAUGAUUUCUGCGCUGGCUCGCCAAAUCCCGCAGGCACAUGCGACCAUGAAGCAGGGCAAAUGGGACCGCAAGAACUUUAUGGGCGUCGAGCUGCACGGCAAGACGAUCGCCAUCCUUGGUCUUGGCCGCAUCGGUCGCGAGGUUGCCACGCGCAUGCAAGCCUACGGCAUGAAGACCAUCGGAUACGACCCCAUUCUCCCCAAGGAGGCCGCCAAGGCCAUCAACAUUGAUGCCUACGACCUGGACGAGCUGUGGCCUCUUGCCGACUUUAUCACCGUGCACACGCCGCUGACCGAGUCGACGCGCCAUUUGCUGAACGACGCCGUUCUCGCCAAGUGCAAAAAGGGCGUGCGCAUUGUCAACUGCGCCCGCGGUGGCAUCAUCGAGGAGGCGGCACUGCUCCGCGCGCUCGAGAGCGGCCACGUUGCCGGCGCUGCUCUCGACGUUUUCGACGAGGAGCCCCCGAAGGACAUUGCCAACAACAAGCUCAUCCAGCACCCCAACUGCAUCGUCACCCCUCAUCUCGGCGCCAGCACGGAGGAGGCCCAAGCCAAGGUUGCCUUGGAGAUUGGCCAGCAGAUUGUUGAGGCGACCCACGGCUCGCAGAUCAUGGGUGCGGUGAACGCCCCUGCCAUGAUGCACGCGCUUCGGGACGACCUCAAGCCUUGGGUCAUCCUUGGCUCCAAGCUCGGUCUGCUUGCUGCGCAGCUCAUGGUCGGCUCUGCCUUUGAGAAGGGCUCGUCCAAGUGGCUGCACCGCCUCACGGUGACCGCUCAAGGCAAGGCUAUCCAGUCGUCGUCGUCGACGUUGUGCGCCGCCGUCCUGAUGGGCAUCUUGAACCACUUGCAAGCAACCCCGGUCAACCUGGUCAACGCCAGCAUGAUUGCCGACGCGCUUGGCCUCCAUGUUCGCGAGGAGCGCACCUCGGAGCCCCACGACGAGUACCAGAACGUGCUCAGCCUCCGGUACACCACCGAGACGGAGGACCACGAGUACGCUGGCACCGUUUUCGGCACCAACAACCUGCGCUUUACGCGCAUCGACCAGUUUGCCUUUGAAGUUCGCCCGGCUGGCCACCUCAUGUUCUACCGCAACGAGGACAAGCCCGGCGUCAUUGCUGCUAUCGGCACCCAUCUUGCCCAGGCCAGCAUCAACAUUGCCGACCUCACCCUCGGUCGCGACGACUCCAAGCGGGAAGCCCUCUGCAUUGUCAACACUGACCAGCCUAUCCCCGCCGAUGUUCUCCAGCGAAUCCAACAGACUUCGUUCAUUACCUACGCACGAACAGUGACGUUGUAAUUCAUGAUUUGUCUGAUUUUGCAUGAUUGUAUGUCUGUGAUUAUUACAAUGA